GCAGCACUGUAACUGUUUUGAACGGGCCUGUUCUGGCCGAGGAUAAAGACAUCGGGCCAAAUGCUGUGGUGAAAUACCGACUGUUUGGACCCAGGGUUGACCUCUUCACUGUUGACCCCACCACUGGGGUCCUACUCGUGCGUGAAGGAGCAAAGUUGGAUCGCGAAGCCUUUCAGGACCCACGAGUCGAGCUGAUUCUGGUUGGGGAAGACAUCGGGGGUUUAAAUAGCAGCGUACCUCUGACCGUGACAAUCCUGGAUCAGAACGACAAUCCUCCUGUCUUCAGUCCGUCCAGUUUUAGUGUGCGGCUGCCUGAAAACAGCCCAACCGGCGUUGUGGUGACUCAGCUCUCCGCCACCGAUGCAGACUCUGGCUCCAACGGUUGGCUGAUGUACCGUCUGGAAAGCGGCGCUCAGGACCGCUUCGUGGUUGACCAGGUCUCUGGCGCCGUCCUGGUGGGCAACACGACGCUCGACAGAGAGGAGCGUGGGUCCUACCGCCUCGUUGUCAUGGCAACUGACCGCGGCACGCCCCCUUUGUCCGGCACGGCCACCCUGACCGUUAUCCUCGACGACGUCAAUGACUCAAGACCGCGGUUUAUAGAGCCUGUCACCAUGAUUAACGUCAACGAGUCGACCCCGCCGGGUGUGGUGGUAGCUACGCUCACUGCGGAAGACCCCGAUCUCCAUCCAAGGCUUGAGUACUACAUCAUCUCAGUGGAGGCAAAGGAUGAUGGGAACAAUCCAGUGGUUGGCUUGCAGGACUCCUUCGGCAUUGAUCUACACACAGGUGCCGUAUUUGUACGCAACCCAUUGAACAGGGAGCUGGUGGCUACGUUUGAGAUCAUCGUGUCUGUCCAUGACAACGCCAGUGAGGUUAUAGACAGGUCUGGCAGUGUUCCCAAUG